ACCGAAACAAACGGUGAGGCAAACUUCAUCGAAAAUAGUGAUACCGUUUGCAUUGAUUCAAAUGGUAAUUUGUUAUUCCUUCCAUCGAAUGAAACGCGUUAAGUGGUGAGCAUUAAGGACUCGGUACUUCGAGUAAGUACUGUUUCGUAGAAGGGAAAUAAACAAGACGUUGUUCCGAAAAGGAUCGUGGACAGUUUUCCUGUGAAAUCCAUCGUACCGUACAAUUAUCAGAAACAUACAUACGUAUAAAAGCAACACUGCAUACACGAUUUAUCAUAUUAAUUGCGGUAUUCGUCUUCCUCUCGCGUUAAGAUCGUUGCGUUAUCAGGCGAUGCCCAUGGACAGAGCAACGGGACAAUCGCGUUUAUGCCGAGUGUCGUUAGAUAACUCGUGAGUCAGUGAACGCUGACAGACGACAAAUUUAAUGAGGUAAUCGCAAAAGACACUCGUGGACGCGAUUAUACAUUUCGAACACGAUGCACGGAGCCUCGGCAAGAAGGAUACGAUACCGUGUUUAGAUCGCGGAAGGACACGCACCGCGGGCAGCGGUUCCCAGAGAAAGUUUGCUCGCGAAGAGGAUGGAGAAGACUCGCGGUUGGGUGGAUAAGAGUUACGGAAAUGCGGGCCGCGGAACGCGAGGACGACCUCGAUCAUAUAACCGACGAUCGUGUCGCGUCUCGAAGAGGUUUCGGAUCAAGGGGCAAGUUCGUGUCAGCCGGUGAUUCGAGGACGGAAAGCCGGUGCCUCGAGUUCUCGCCGACCUCGUGACUGAACACUUUAGCCGAUUGAAUGGAAGAAUCGACACGAAUGAGAAGAGAUGCCUGGUAUCGUGGUAUUCCGACGACGGUGGAGCGUCGGCAGCGACGACCUUGUCGUGCCCGGUACUUUCCUCUUCAUCCUGCAUCUGAUAUGGGUGACAGUGCUGUGCGUUCUGCUGGGGAUUCUCGAAUGGGAUCGCAGUGUUACGUGCAUCCUCCUACUCUGGGAAUAUAUCGUGGGAUACUUGGCCAUUUUCGUGAUCUCCAUGAUGGUGGAAUUUUCCAUCUGCUUCCUGGCUACACGGGGAAGCAUCUUGGACACUGCGGCGAGGGCGCCUAUGCAAUACAUUCUCUACGUUCGACUUUUUCUAAUGCUGAUAGAGACUGGAUGGUUGUGCGCGGGUGUAACAUGGUUGGUACGUUACUACCAAACCUGCCCCGUCGAUCGAAUGAACGAUGUAACGUUAGGUUUAGUGAUAUCGAAUUGGUGUGUACUGGCAUCGGUGAUUGUAACAGUGUGGUGCACGUACGAUGCCGCAGGUAGAUCCUGGGUCAAAAUGAAGAAAUACCAACGCAGUAUGAGGGAGGCGGAAUCAAGAUGCGGUAAAUUGCAUUACAAUCGGAGCGGAAGCAGAAACAGAAAUUGGCGUCAAAGAAAGGUAAUACGUGCAUAUCAGGAUAGUUGGGACAACAGGUGCAGGCUUUUAUUCUGCUGCAUGGGCAAUUCCGACAGAAGUCGAAAUUCGUUCACGGACAUUGCCAGGCUACUGAGCGAUUUCUUUCGCGACCUUGACGUGGUUCCAUCGGACGUGGUCGCCGGUCUGGUAUUAUUGAGGAAGUUCCAGAAAGUCGAGAGGGAACUGAUAGUGAAGCAAAGGAAAAACGAUACGUACGAGUUUCUAUCAGGGGUGCCAGUUACUCCUCGCACCAAAUUCUUGUCCUUGACCGAGGACGGUGAUCUAGGUCACUUUCAGUUGGCCAUACAUUACAUGCACUUCGCCCUAGCUGCUUAUGGUUGGCCCAUGUUCCUCGUUAGUCAUUCGACCGGCCUUUGUCAGUUGUGUACAAGAUUACGAUGCGGUUGUUUCCCUUGCGGCGGUCACCAAAAUGAGGCGACCAUUGUGGAGGACAAUUGUUGCAAGUGCAAUUAUGCGGCGUUGAAGAAGAUGGUCGAGCUCGCCGAGGUGGAAGUCAUUUACGCGACCUUCCACGUCGACGUCGGUGAGACGCCGUUCUUCGUCGCGCUCGAUUACACGAAGAAAAAGGUUGUCGUUAGUAUACGAGGAACUCUCAGCAUGAAGGACGUAUUAACGGACUUGAACGCGGAGGGUGAAGUGUUGCCAUUGUCACCGCCGAGAGAUGACUGGCUCGGCCACAAAGGGAUGGUCCAAGCAGCUGAAUAUAUUCGAAAAAAGUUGCUCGAAGAAGAAAUUAUUUCUCGUGCGUUUGCCAAGGAUCCAUCGAGGGGGACACAUCAAUUCGGUUUGACACUGGUUGGCCAUUCCUUGGGAGCUGGCACAGCGGCUAUCCUAGCGAUUUUGCUUAAACAAGACUAUCCAGACUUGGUAUGCUUUUCGUUCGCUCCACCGGGCGGUCUCUUGAGCAUGCCAGCUCAGCAAUACACGCAGGAAUUUAUUACGUCCGUAGUAGUCGGGAAGGAUGUUGUACCUAGGAUAGGCCUUAGACAGAUGGAGAGCUUAAGAGCCGAUCUUAUCAAUGCUAUAAAAAGGAGCGUCGAUCCGAAAUGGAAAACGAUAGCGUGCUCGGUGAUGUGUUGCGGUUGCGGUUCCACCCCAACCUCGGCUGCAAAUUUAGAGGCUGGCGGUUGUAUUAGCGAAUAUCAAAGAGACAAGGACCUAGCACGUUCCCAGACUGUUGUGCCGAGCGACUCCAGCAUCGCGUUGACUUUGCACAGGCCUCUGUAUCCACCUGGUCGUAUCAUACACGUUGUUCGCCAUCAUCCUAACAAGGGAGAGCAAAAGUAUGAGCGACGCUGGAGGCGAGUGUUGCAUAAACAAGAACCGGUGUAUCAAGCAUUGUGGGCAGGCCCUUGCGACUUCGACGAGGUGUUGAUAAGCCCGGUGAUGAUACAGGACCAUAUGCCGGACAAUAUGCUGAAAGCGUUGAAUAAGGUUGUAACGACCCUGGGGCCUGCGAAGCCACAGAGGCUGGCUUCCGGUCACGCAUCGUCGACGGAGGCGUCAGAGGCGCGCGAGGUCGUCGAGAUCCAGGAGAUGGAGAUCGAACAGGAAAUGAGAGCGUUGCUGUCGUCCUCCAGCCCGGUUAAAUCGCAUCCCAGCAACCUGGCUGGGACACCACCGCACAGACUCUGCCUGGAAACUAGCUUCACCUCCUUGCAGAGUCCCUCGGAGUUCCCUCAAGUUGGCCGCGAGCUGAGCGUCGACUCCAGAGGGAUUCCAUGGGAAUACGUCAGCCUGGCCAGCGAAUUGCUCAACACGCCCAGGGCCGACGAAAGCAAAUCAUCGAAUCUUCGGAGCAAUUGGGACGACGCGUCGCGAAUGGCACCGCUCGCUACCCCGGAAACUCUGUCGGAGGCGUCGAGCAGUCCACCGUCACCGGUCCCACCACCCAGACCGAUGAGGCGUACUCCAAAGAUCUCGGGAAACUUGUCAACGGCGGCGGACGACUUGAAGAACAAUCUUCACUUCGCUAUGCUCUCGGCGAAGAACUACUUCCUGAGGGAGGGGACUAACGGCAGUAACACAAGCAGCGGUAAUAGCGAGGCAAGUUAUGAGAGUGCCAAAAGCUUAACCGCUGGUCUUCCGCCGCCAGUACCGAGAAGAAGAGAUUCAGUAAUUAUCAGAAGAGAGCAAAGAGUAUGCACAGCUGCCUGCUGCAGAGACGAUUUGUCCGAGAACUCCUCGUCGCAUACUUCUUCUCAUUCGUCUAGGACGUCUCACGCAUCGAACCAAGUGCAACCGGGCUUCGCCGAGGAAGAAAACGAAACAAAUGGGUCCAGUUUGGAUUUCUUCGAGGCGAAGGGUUCUUCCGGACAACGUGACAGCAGCAAUGAUGUGUUUCUUAGCGUUAGAAGUUCCCCGGAGUGUAAAGGGCUGAUGGCACCGGCAACCGAUCUAGGAGCGGAGUGGAAGAAGAAGUUCGAUGCCAGUGGAAUGAGCGGUGAUGCCUCCUUACCUCUUCUGCGUGGGUUAUCGCCGACACCCACGCAUGGGCAGCACAGUUCUCCUUUCUUCAACGCGAAACGCAAGAAAUAUGUAUAUCCGAUCACGCUGGUUGGUCGUGGCGAAAGUAGCGUUUAAUUAGGAGAAGUUAGGCCGACCGGGGACCAUGAUAGAGACGGGAAUAGAUUUAAAGUAAUCUAUAGGUGUCUGUGCCAAUAUCACACCGUCGUGUGAUCGUUCAGAAACAUUUUCCUAUGCCCUUCGGUGGAUGAACAUUCGAGAUAUUCUAAAAUUAAGGGGCCAUGUACUGCGUAGCCUCUUCGCUGUAAAUACUUAAAUUGAACGAUAUUCAAUUUUUAUUCGUAGAACGUCACUUCUUAUAUUUGUAUAGUCGUUCCUUCGAUGGAACGAAGUAUUUUCUGAUUAAGAAAAUUUUCCGUCAACUAACAAAUAAAUCCAAUGACAAAUACAAAAUUAAUUACAUGUAUAUUGAAGAUAUAUAAAAGUACAGAUGAAAUGAGUAAGUAAAGAAAGCAAUGGGUUAUAAAAUAGCAGUUUACAUGAAUCAAGAUGCCUUGCUACUUAAAGAGAGUAUUAGUUUUUAGACUAGAUCUCUUGUUUUCAAUUGUUAAUUUUUGUAAUGUGGAUGAGAACGUGUGAAAGUUGCAUGGAAGUUGCGCCGGCCUAUUCUACAUCAGUAUCAUUUAAUAUAAACAUUUUUACGCGUUUUUGUACAGCUUUUUAACAGAAUGAACAGAUAUAAUUGUAA